CUCUCUCUCUCUCUCUCUUUCUCUGUUUCCUCUCUCUGUCAUCCUCCUCUGACACUCAAACACAUACACACCCAACCUGCGGUACUGUACCUGUGAGUAGCGCAGUGUGUUUGGCCGAGCCAGAGGUGUUUUUCUAGUGAGGAGCAGGACAAGACAGGACAGAGGCGCUGAUAGACUGACGGACUGAUCACAGGAAGUGAUGAGGAUGAACUGACUCUUUCUGGAAUGCUAAAGCUGGACUGUGAUGGAUGUUCCUGAGCGGUGUGUCCCCAUCUGUUAUCAGGACCAGUUGCUGAGCAGGAUGCCCUCUGAUCUCCAGGAGUGUCACCUGACCUCCAGCUGUGGCUCCUAUAUCAAGACCGAGCCCUCUUCCCCUUCCUCCUCACUGGUUGACACCGUCAGUCACCACAGCCCCUCGGCCAAUAGCGAUGCCAGCAGCGGUUACGUCAACGUAAACAACCUCAACGGACGCUCGCACGUCCUCGACUCCCAGCCCAUGUUCAACCCGGGCAUGCUGGGAGGGGGCGGAGCCUGUCUCCGGCGCUAUGACGACUGCGGAGUGGGCAUGGCAGAUGAUUCACCGAUCAAGUGCGAGUAUAUGUUGAAUGCGAUUCCGAAGAGGCUGUGUCUGGUGUGUGGGGAUAUCGCAUCAGGUUACCACUAUGGGGUCGCCUCCUGCGAGGCCUGCAAAGCCUUCUUCAAAAGGACCAUACAAGGGAACAUAGAGUACAGCUGUCCGGCAACAAACGAGUGUGAGAUCACCAAGAGGAGACGCAAAUCCUGCCAGGCUUGUCGUUUCAUGAAGUGUCUCAAAGUAGGCAUGCUCAAAGAGGGUGUGCGUCUGGAUCGCGUGAGGGGUACACAAGAGGAGAAUGGGGACACGGAGAACUCUCCCCCCCUCUCUCUCUCCCUCCACCCCCCCCCUCUCUCGCCAGUGACAAAGAUCGUGUCUCACCUGCUGGUGGUUGAACCAGAGAAGAUCUAUGCCAUGCCAGACCCGACCAUGCCAGACGGAGACAUCAAGGCCCUGACCACUCUGUGUGACCUGGCUGACAGAGAACUGGUGGUCAUCAUCGGCUGGGCCAAACAUAUCCCAGGAUUCUCCAGCCUGUCUCUGGCAGACCAGAUGAGUCUACUGCAGAGUGCCUGGAUGGAGAUCCUGGUCCUGAGCAUCGUGUUCCGCUCGUUGGCCUGUGAGGAGGAGCUGGUGUAUGCUGAGGACUAUGUGGUGGAUGAGGAGCACGCUCGUCUAUCUGGCCUGCUGGACCUGCACGUUGCCAUCCUGCCUCUGGUCCGACGCUAUAAGAAGCUGAGUGUGGAGAAGGAGGAGUUUGUCACGCUCAAGGCCAUCGCCCUCGCUAACUCAGACUCCAUGCAUAUAGAGGAUGUAGAGGCUGUGCAGCGGCUCCAGGACUCUCUACAUGAGGCCUUGCAGGACUUAGAAGGUGGCCACAACACGGAGGACCCUCGGCGGACAGGAAAGCUGCUGAUGACCCUUCCCUUGCUCCGUCAGACCGCCGCCAAGGCCGUGCAGCACUUCUACAGCAUCAAGGUGCAGGGAAAAGUGCCCAUGCACAAACUCUUCCUGGAGAUGCUGGAGGCCAAGGCUUGAUAAUUGGACCGGGGGAUUGACGGACAGCUGCAUCACUCAAUGAGGAGGAUGGACAGCCUGUGAAUAGGUGGGGUAACACCAUGGAGACCUAUGACAGCCACGGGAUGAAGUUGACUGCUGUUACUGUGGAUCGAAACCCACGUCUAGAACUAAAGGAAAGAGGAAUAGAGCAGGAAAAGAGACCAACAGAUUUUAGGGGUGAAUAUAAAACGCUCUGAUGUAGGAUAUAGUCAUGUAUGUGAAGAUGCUGUGUACAGAACUGUGGGUCUUGUUAUAAUCAGAGACCCUUCGCUCUAGAUCACCGGUAGCUACUGGGAGUCUUUUUCUUUUGUUUUAGAAUCUCAGUUGUAAAGAGGUUUGUUUUGUUGUUGCUUUUUUUCACCUUGAAGCUGAAGUAUGACUAUUAGUAAUAUGUUGUGAUGAAUCUGAAUGGUUAGAGGCGCUCAGUUAUCUUUCUCUUUUGUUUUAGAAUCUCAGAUGUACAGCAUUACAGUCUGGUAUAUAUGUAUUUACGGUUAUUGUGUCAAAUUGCAGUGUUAAAGGGGUUUGGGGAUGAUUUCAUAUUAUGUUCUUCAAUCAACCUCAAAGAAACAGAUCCCUACACCUAUGAAGAUAAAAGCUUCUGAAGUCUUCCUAACCAGAUCUGGGUUCAAAUUCAAUUGAAAUCUUUCAAAAUAUGUUGAACGUUUGAUUGAGUCUGCCUGGAGUGCCAUAUCGGUGAGAUUUGAUUGAGUCUGCCUGGAGUGCCAUAUCGGUGAGAUUUGCCCUUUUGGGACUAUACCAUUUAAUUCAGUUGGUCAAGCAAACUCAUUCCAAAUACUAUUUGAACCCAGGUCUGCUCGUAACACAUUUACCUCCUCCUAGUUUCAUCAACAACACUGUUCCAUCCAAGUCUGGUGCUUAG